AUGCAGCAAGCGAAUCGAAACACAGAUUUGAUUUCACAAGCGCAGCAACUAUUGAAAGAUGCUGACGUGCGUGGUAUUCAAACAUUAGAUGUUAUCAGUGACUCAUCGUCCACACUCUCGAAAACAAUCGAUAAAUACAUUCUAAAUGAACAUCUGAUUAACACAUCACGUGAUUUAAUUAAUCAAUACGAAAGAAAAGCGAAAUAUGAAAAAAUCAUCAUCGUUACUUUACUUGUUAUCUUCUUCGCCGUUGCACUUAAUAUUGUUAAGACAAGGUUACUCUGGUAA